UUUACUUUAAUUAUACUACGCGUCUCGUUCUCGAUGAUAGAUAACAUGUAGUACUGUUAAGUAUGCUUAAACUUCACAACGUUUAGAGAUUUAAAUUUGAAAAAUAUUCCCGCGCCCGACGCUAUCACGUCGCGCGCGCCCGUGCCGGACGCCAUAUUGUUUUUGUUGUGCAAAGCUUCUGACGUUCGAGAAACUAAAUUAAUUAAUUAUUAUCGUUUAUUGUGUUUCAACCACGUUUCAACAAUGCCAAAGAGGUCACGUUCGCGAUCUAAAGACCGGGAAGAUCGAAAAACUUGUAAAAAACUCAAGUUAAUGCAGGAACAAAUUGAUAACCUAACAAAAUGUAUGACGGAGUUUAUCCAAAGCCAAAAAAAGGAUAACAAUACUCCAGAUGUUGUGGAGGCUAAUAAAGAAAAUAUACCAGAGAUAUCUAAUACAGACUCUGACAAAUCUGCUAAUAAUUGUAACUUACAACUCUCCACUUCUUCCGAUGUUGAUAUUAUUACACCCGAGGAUAAUAUUCAAGAAUCAACUGAGGCUCCACAAGACUGGAACCAGGAGUUCCUAGAAAUGAUGGGAGAGGAAUUACCUUGCUCUAAUGCAACCACAAAUAUUGAUGAGACUAUACAGAAACAGUGGACUCAUUGGAUCGCAAAGGGUCUAACAGAGGAGACUCGAAAGGGUCUUAUCAAAAAAUAUUCUAGAGAAGGACCUCUUCGCACCGAAGCACCCAAAAUAAAUAUGGAGAUAGUGAGCCACUUAACAGAAAUUGCUAAAAAGAGAGAUCAGCACUUUGCCGACACCCAAAAUUGUGUGGGUACCGGACUGAUUUCACUCGGGGCAGCUAUAUCAAUGUUAAUGGAAAACCCUGAAGAAGGAGUGGACCACAUGCAACUUAUGAAAUAUCUUUGGGACACUGGGAAAAUUAUGUCAGAUAUUUUUCAUCAACACUCAGUUGCAAGAAAAUCUUUCAUUACACCAAAUCUUGAUAAGGACAUUAAAUCUACCCUAGAAGCGACAGAUUCUGACGAAUGGCUUUAUGGUAUCAAACUAAAUGAGCAAGUAAAGGAUGCCAAAAAUAUUAAGAAGGCUUCAGCUUCACUUAAGGCACCAGAAAAACCACCAGCUAAGAAACCAUACCAACAGCCCUAUUACUCCUAUCAGCCCUACCAGGUAAACUGGAGAGGCCCACCUGCGAGACCCAGACAGGUGGGCUAUUAUCCACGGAGGCAAUUCACCAAUGUGAGAUACAAACCGAAGCCAUUCCAGACGAAGUCUUCACAGAAUGCAGGACGCUCCACAACACAAAAACAAAACCGUCCAGCAUCGAAGAAGUAGAGGUAAAUUAUACUGCAGGUCGCCUGCAACAUUUUGUGGAUAUAUGGAAAACCAUUACAACUGAUGACUUCAUUAUAAAUUGUAUCAGAGGUUAUGGUAUAACUUUCAAAAACAAACCUUUUCAAUUCCGAGAGCCAACUCUCAGCUGGCCUCCGGGUGAAUUUAAAAAGAUAGAACUAGAAAUUUCCACACUUCUAUCUAAAGGGGCUAUUGAAGUAUGUUCAGAUUGCGAGGGACAAUUUGUGUCAUCCUACUUCCUAGUUGAAAAACCAGAUGGUUCUUAUAGAUUUAUUAUUAAUUUGCAAAAAUUAAAUGAGUUCAUAGAAACUUCUCAUUUUAAAAUGGAGGAUCUUAGAGCAGCCAGAGACUUAAUUUCCCCUAAUAUGUAUAUGGCAACAUUAGACUUAAAAGAUGCCUAUUUUUUAGUCCCAAUGUGUAAAAAUAGCAGAAAAUAUUUAAGGUUUAGAUUUAAUGGUAUUUUAUAUCAGUUCACAUGUCUCCCAUUUGGGUUAUCCACUAGUCCUUAUAUUUUUACCAAAAUCAUGAAACCCGUUAUGAAUAAUAUACGCUUAAAUGGCUGGUUAUCCUUAGUUUACUUAGAUGAUUUACUGUGCAUUAGUGAUACAUAUGAAUCCUGUAAAAAUAAUAUAAAAAGUAUUAUUACAUUUCUAGAAAAACUAGGAUUUAUUAUAAAUUAUAAGAAAAGCCAUACAAAUCCAAGUAAAAGAUGCAAAUACCUCGGUUUCUUUUUAGACUCAGAAAAAUACUCAGUUGAUUUACCAGAUGAUAAGAAAAAUCAAAUUAUAAAUUUCAUAAGCAAUUUUAAAGUAGGAAAUCAGUACAAGAUCCGCCUUUUCGCGCAACUGCUAGGAGUUUUAGUUGCAGCAUCACAUGCAGUUCAAUAUAGUAAAAUAUAUUGUAAGAGACUAGAGAGAGCUAAAUGGCUAGCGUUAACUGUAAAUAAUGAUGAUUUUGAAGGCUAUAUGAAAAUUACUGAUUAUGUCAAAGAAGAUCUUACUUGGUGGCACUUAAAUGUAUUGACUGGUUCUAACCCCAUACGCACAAAGAAAUACAAAAUAAUUAUUUCCUCAGAUGCAUCUAGAUCAGGCUGGGGCGCAGAAUCCAAUUCAAUAACUACCCGUGGAUUCUGGAACCAGGAUGAUAAAAAAUUUCACAUAAAUUAUCUUGAGCUCCUAGCUGCCUUUUUCGGAUUAAAGUGUUUUGCCUCUAAACUAAGUAACUGUGAAAUUCUAAUGCGAAUAGAUAAUACUACAGCUAUUUCUUACAUUAAUAAGGCCGGAGGUGUCAAAUUUCCCCACUUGAGUGAAUUAGCCCGUAAAAUAUGGCAGUGGUGUGAAAGCAGAAAAAUAUGGAUAGUAGCUUCUUACAUUGCGUCAAAAGAAAACGUCGACGCAGACGCUGCUUCCCGCGAUACGAACUUAGACACCGAAUGGGAGCUAGCGGGCAAAUAUUUUAAGCAUAUUGUAAAAAAAUUUGGUACUUGUAGUAUUGAUCUGUUCGCAUCCAGAAUUAAUACCAAAUGCAAAACAUUUUGCUCCCGUUACCCUGAUCCAGAAGCAUCAGUAGUAGAUGCGUUUACGAUUUCAUGGGAAAAAGAACAUUUCUACGCCUUUCCCCCUUUUGCUGUAAUAUUACCAGUAUUGAGGAAAAUAAUUAAUGAUAAAGCAACAGGGAUAGUAGUUGUACCAAAUUGGCCCACGCAAGCGUGGUACCCGAUGUUUACAUCACUUUUGUGUGA